AUGGAAACAAUCCAGUGCAAUAUAGCAACAAGUCAUGUCAGCCUAGAACAGGCUAUUGAGAGGUUUUGGCAAACUGAACAGAUCUCUUCCGAUUCAUCACUCACGACUGAAGAGAGAGAAUGUGAAGCACAUUACAAAGAAAAUUACCGUCGGACUGAUGAUGGUCAUUUUAUAGUAAAAUUACCCAUUAAGAAGAAUGGAUUGCAAACAUUAGGACGUUCUUACGACGUUGCUUUGAAACGCUUCCAUGCACUUGAAAACAGGUUGAGUCGUCAUCCUGAAAUGAAGACAGCAUACACACAAUUCAUGCAAGAAUACAUAGAGCUUGGGCACAUGCAUCCCAUUAAGGUAGAUUCUCAAGAAACAACCGUAUCAUAUUACAUGCCACAUCAUGCGGUUUUCAAGAAUACAAGCACCACCACGAAGACUCGUGUCGUCUUCGAUGCUUCAUGCAGGACAGACACCGGAGUUUCUCUAAAUGACGUCCUCAUGGUAGGACCAGCUUUGCAACCGGAUUUGUUUUCUAUUUUAAUCAAAUUUCGCAUGUGGAAAUACGUUCUUUCAGGAGACGUAACAAAAAUGUACCGUCAGAUUUUAGUCGAUGAAUCUCAACGGAGACUGCAGAGAAUCUUAUGGCGAGACAGUAAGACGAGGGAGGUACAAACUUUCGAACUGGCUACCGUGACAUAUGGUACAGCAUCAGCAUCAUUCCUCGCGAUACGAUCCUUACAAGAAAUAGCAAGACUAGAACAAGACAACGCACCGGUAGGAGCCUCAAGGAUUCUAUCUGACUUUUAUGUAGAUGAUCUUUUGACCGGCGCUGAUAGCAUUGAAGAACUUAUUAAAAUACGCAAUCAAGUGAACCUAAUAUUAGGCAAAGCAGGCUUCGUCUUACGCAAAUGGGCAUCUAAUGAACAAGCAGUUCUGGAUGACAUUCCCACAAUGGCCACAGACUUCAUUCUAAACAUUAGCGAGAACACAAGUUUACAUACUCUAGGUCUGCAAUGGAAUUCUCAAGACGACAUGCUGCAAUUUGACAUCACUGUGCCAAGGCAAUCGAAGAUCACGAAGAGGAGCAUUCUGUCAACUAUCGCUCACAUUUUCGACCCAUUGGGAAUUUUAGGACCAAUCAUCACUACUGCAAAGAUUUUCAUGCAACGCUUAUGGGAACUCAAGGUUGACUGGGACGAGACGUUACCCAGCGACAUCCAAACGCAGUGGGCUCGAUACGAAGCAGAACUUCCUAUUCUAAAUCAAGUUCAAAUUUCACGAAAGGUUAUUCACUACAAUAACAAAGAAUUGGAUUUAUGCGGCUUCGCCGACGCCAGCGAGAGAGCGUACGGAGCUUGCAUUUACGUUAGAAGCAAACUUUCAGAAACCCAGUACAAGGUGAAUCUACUGUGUGCAAAGUCUCGGGUCGCACCCUUGAAAAAUCUGUCUUUGCCACGCCUUGAACUGUGUGCAGCAUUAUUACUAGCGCAGUUAAUGCACAAGGUACUAGAGUCCAUAAACAUUACAUUCGCACAUGUCUAUUAUUGGUCGGACUCUACAAUAGCACUGUCAUGGAUAAAGGCGCCUCCUAGGAGGUGGAACACCUUUGUAGCAAAUCGCGUGAGCGCCAUUCAAGAUAUCUCCGAUACAAAUAAUUGGUUCUACGUGCAUUCUUCACACAAUCCUGCGGACAUCAUCUCAAGAGGCAUGUCACCAUCAUUAUUACUUUCCACUGAAUUGUAG